AUGGUGAAGCUAACCAACUUUGCCACGGAGAAUAUCAUCAGCGAAAAGCUCUAUCACAACGAAAUCAAGCUCAUCCUCAACGAUAACGAGGAUGAGACCGAUCGUAUCGCUGACAGAAAAUAUGUCCAACAGGCUCCUGAAAUCAUUCGUGGGUUAAUUAACCGAAAGUCAUUGCCGCCAGGAUCACAACCAGCUGACAUUUAUUCUCUUGGAAUGGUCCUCUACCAGAUUUUGUUCCGUGUUCAACCGUUUCACGAACGAGGCAAAAGUAUCACAAAACUCAUGGAAAUGAUAUCGAUGUCGAACGAGGACGAUCAAUUGAUUCGUCCUACGUUCCCCUCAUCUCAAGGCAAUGAGAGUUACAAUUUACAGCUGCUUUCGUGCCUUGAGGCGUGUUGGCUCGAGCUUCCUGAAAUGCGACCCAACAUCAAGAAGGUCAAGACGAUGAUAAACGCUAAUUUACGCUCAACUGGGAAAGGUUCUCUUGUUGACCAGAUGAUGAAAAUGAUGGAAGACUACACGAGCAAUCUCGAAAACAUGGUUCGCGAUCGUACAGCACUUCUUGAGGAAGCUCAAAAGCAAGCGGAUCGAUUAUUGAACAGCAUGUUACCCAAGUGA